AUGACUGACCUUCGCACAAUUUUCUCCGCAGCCGACUCACUCACCAGCCAACUGUCCCCUUCGUACGCGCAACUCCUCGGCCCCGAGGGGGCGCUCAGCGAUGAACCCGACCCGCCCGAGACGAGCUCCACGUCGGAACCCUUGCAUCGUCAACGUAACCCCCCGGACAGGGUUGGCGGGCCAGUCAAGACGCUCGGAAGCUGGCCCGGCGGCUGGAGAAGUUGGACAGGCGAGAUACAGAUCUUCUCGACACCACUUUGCCACUUGGGGCGCGACUCCCUUGGUAUACCCACAUGGCAAAUUCGAGUUGUGAACGGUAAGUGA